GUUGUCCUCCUGAAAAGUACUCAGCCGGAAGUAUUGCUUAAAGCUUGUUAAAAACAGAUAAGCUCCAGAGAAAUGAAAAUAUAAGUAACAAAAUGAGUUGGACUGUGACCUGGUUCUUCGUCGUUGGUUUCUUAAUCGACGUUGCAUUUGUUGAUGCACAGUGCAAACAAGAGAGAAACAUAGCUGGAAUGGCCCUGCGGGGAUUUGUUUUCAAAAAGUUUUCUGUAUCAGCCAUCCACGAGUGUGACAUCAGCUGCGAAAGAGAAAUCAGAUGUCAGAGUUAUAACUACGUAGUUGGAGAAAAGUCCUGUGAACUGAACAACCGGACCAAAGAGGCAAAACCUGAAAAUUUUCAACCAGACCUCGCUCGGUUUUACCACAUACGUUUUUUUGACAGGGCUCCUUUAGGAUCCGUACCAGAGAUGCCCGCAGAGUCGUGUCGGGAAAUAAAGAUGAGUGAAGGCAAAGCAGCCAUAAGCAGCAAAUAUUGGUUGGAUCCAAAUAGGAGUGGAAAAGCCGCUUUACUUUACUGUGACAUGGAAAUGGAAGAUAUCGAUGAAUGUGUCUCCGGCACUCAUGAAUGUGACGUAAAUGCCCAAUGUAUCAACACCGUUGGCUCUUACAACUGCACGUGUAAAAAUGGAUAUUCUGGUGAUGGAAGAUCGUGUUCAGCCUAUAUCGAUUCUGUUAUCCUAACGGCAAGUAGCUCCUUCGUACAUGAUUUGCAGCAGUUCCUUGAGCCCGUUAUUAGUGAUAAUAAGACUAGCAACUGGACAAGAUGUUACCAUGCGCUGUCACAUGGAUGGAAUACAACUCAAUUUCACAGCAGAUGUGACAACAAAGGGCCAACUGUCACCAUCGCACAAGUCGGAGAAUAUGUUUUUGGAGCAUACAUCAGUGUAUCGUGGACGAGUUAUCCAUGUAUUCGCCGAGAAGAUAGAAAGGCGUUUCUCUUUUCACUCUACAACAUCAAUGGACAUCAUCCAGUCAAUUUCACUGUGAAAUACAACAGUGCUAUAUACAGUUGUCACCAACAAUUGCCAAUCUUUGGAUAUGCGGCCGAUUUGUUUUUUAAACCUUUACCUCUGACCUCAUUUGCAAAACCUGACACCUAUCAAAUUCCUCCUGGCUGUGUUGAAGAACAGAAAUGCAAUUUCUAUACUGGCACCGUUGAUUUCCACUUAACAGAUAUGGAAGUAUUUAGUAGAACAAAGGAAGGCUAAUAUAUCAAACCGAUAAACCACGGUAAGGUUUCAUGGCGACCACAAUUUCAAUUUUUAAGAUCGCUGUGUCUAUCACUUAGAAAAGUCUUAGUCUAGUGUGUUCCUUAGUGAUGUCUGAUUUCACGUUGAAUUCUUAGGGCUGAAAUAAUCAGCAAUAUAUAGCAAGUAAUGCCAACACUUGAUAUUUAGAUCAAGGAAGUGAAAUGGUUGAAGAAGGAGUAUAUUGCAGGAUAGAAAACUGAAUAAGAAAAUUUGUCCAGGAGGCUUUACCUCUGAACACGCCUUGAUACCACUUAUUUGCACAGUCUCAAAAUUUUGUAAAAGAAUUGUCUUCUGGUUUUGGAGUUAUAAGAUAAGAGCUGUGCUUAAGUUUCAUACGCCAAAGUAACUGUCGUAUAAGUAGACUUUCCGGAUACUCUGUGCAAAGAACUGUAAACAUGCUUAGUGAAAAUUCCCCACAUUUCGCGCUUGAAAAUUAACUCCAAAAUUUAAAGUAAAUAGCUUGGAGUCGUUUGCUUUUAUUAAUUCAUAUUGCUUACUCGUAUUGCUCACUUCUACGCUCAACACGUAGUUUAAAUUAGUUUAUUAAAACCUCAAGUUUCGUAGGUAAACGUUGUCUCUAUUCUAUAACAACAACGACAAAAACUAAAAGAACAAAUUUCGAAAGAAAGCAAAUCACUGACAUUAACGAGGUCUUAUUUAAAUAUUUUGAACGCAGAAAUGAGUCAGCCGCAAUAAGACGGAGUGCAUCUAAAGGAAUAGAAAUACUGCUUUCAGUAUUAGCUGAGAAAGAAGUUAAAUGUAAGAUUUAUACGAAAAAAAACUAUGGAAAAUAAAUUAAACGUGGUGUUUACAAACGUCUCAGCCUUUUAUAUUAUAGUCUUAAAAUUAACUUGUAAUUCAGAUUUAUCACGGUCUGCUUCGAUCAAAACACUCUCAACUUGUCCUAUAUUUAAACGCGAAAUCUUAAACACAACUUCCGUGAAAAUGCAAGAAUUCUGGAAGCUAGCAUAAUGCUAUAAAUAAAUGCUAACGCUUAAAAAAACGUAGGACUUUCUUCCUCUCCGGAAAAGUCAGUUCCAUUGUUUUGUGAUUGAAAGCAACCUUCAAGUCGUAUAAUCUGUGGACUGAAG